AUGCCAGCAAGGGUCGUCCAGAAUCAGGCUUUACGAUACCUGCGUGGCUCCAGCUUGCUGCGAGCUUCGUUUAUCGCAAGAAGCCAUACCGGAGGAAGGCGAUGGAACAGCGCUUACACCUGGCUCACCAGAACACCGGAAGCCAUUACCUCGGAUGAUAUCAUUUCGUCCUUGCCCUCAGUAUCUUACGAGCGCAAUCCAAGCUCCGUCCCCCUACUGCUCGUCACACCAAAACUCGCCCACCUGCUCGAUCCUACAUCACCAUUCCUUGGCAAUUUUAUGAGCAAACUACUCCGAAAUACCCCCCAAAGACCAGAGACUCUCCAUACAAUCACAGCUGUGGUUGACCGGAUUCCGAACAGUGCAACACGUCCGCCAGGGACCACCCCCGAUGCUAUUGCUGGAGGAGAAUAUGAUGGCGUGUCCAUGUUAAUGGUUGGAGAAGAUAAUGUGCAAUGGAAAGCUACUCCGCCUCGCCGGAUCGGAAGCCCAACUGGCGAGGAGCCCAGUCUAACAAUCUCCAUUCGGGAUAGAACGUCCACUCACGCCGUUGGUCUGCGCCUUACCAAUACCGUCUUUCUCAAUGGAAAUGAACGAACAUUCACAGGCAUGCGCUGGGUUGCGAGCAACGAUGGAUAUGUAAUGGACAAGUCUGCGGACCUCGCGAGCUGCGUGAUCACAUCCAGACAGGACAGUAUUCGCCCGAGGCUGAUGCUUCCACUAGAGCCCGUGACUCAACGACGAAGGGUGAUAACAGGAAUGGGAAAUAUUUUACGACAGCUGGCAAAGUCAACUGACGGUUCUUCAGAUGAGCCCAUGCCUGCCUCCACCGAGCUUGAGAAGGAGCUUCCACGUUAUAUCGAGGAACAUAAUAUCGCCGACCGAAGAGUUUCUGUAUGGGCUUUGGUGGAGACCCCAGACGUGGAGAUUGCUGAUCCCAAUGCAUCCAUACAAGAUCAACUCACUCAGUCCUUAUCUCGGGGAGGUAAAUUGCACCACGUCAUGAGUGGUGGAGGUGGCUGGGGAAAAAAGCAGGGUCUUCUCUCCCUGGAUCCAGAGGUUGCUUUCCCAGCUAUCAUUCGCCAUAAGGCUACCGACCUGGACCAACUGUUCGAAGCAGACUCCAGUUCAGAAGAACCCAUGGAGAUGCCAUUAUUCCUUGAUAAUGGUUUGAUCGGAGAAGAUUUGUCCCACCUCUCCCAAGUUGCCAAUGCAGGCGAUUUCAUUCAGUUCUUUGUCGCGGUGGAACCGACACAAUCGGUAGAAGUUGGCGGCCAGGCUGGGCUUUCAUAUCACUUUGGCAUAGUAUCAAAUGCCGAAGAACCACAACCUCGACUUCAUGGAGAAGCAAAGCAUCUUGAAACGGUAGCCAACACUUUUGGAGCCAUGUCUGAGAAAGGGAUCACCUACUCCCAGCCAGUGAUCCAGACUGGCAAGGUGGUUGAAUCCAGCACAAAGUUGAAUGUUCCGGGUUGCCAAGUAGUUCUGGAAUCUGAGAGAUCAUAA